AUGAAGACGCUACCAGCGUUGUUCCUACUUUUACUGGUAGCGAAUGGUAUUCAUACUGCUCCAAUUAGACAUGAAAAGAAGUCGAUGCUUAUGUCCGAUGUUAGAGAGAAUAUGCCGGGGAAGAUAGGAGAAGAUGAGAAUCAAACAUUUCCUGGGCUCCACACCGUGAAUUCAAAAUCGAAAGAGUACGGUCAUACUUCAGAAAAUACUGAAGAACAUGAUAAGAGUGAAACGGGUGAAACGAUUGAGACUAAAACUGAGAAACCAAAUCAUGCAAGUUAUCAACGGCUACAGAAAGUUCAUAGUUUUUUCACACUCGAGUCCAUGCAAAUAAAAAGGAAGACGGAGAACGAGGGUAGACUAUCUAGAAAAGUCACUCAUGAUUUCACAGGGAAGAAAAGAAAAGACAAUAGGAAAUUGAUGAGGAAACUUUCUAACGGUGCUAAUUUGAAUGCGGCGGAUGAAGCAUCUUUGAGAGAUGUGGCAGUGGAGAUGCUCGUCGAUAAAUUCCAGGAAUGUCAAGGUCAUCAAAAAAACAACAUUGAUGCUUGCAUCGUAAAAGCUGGAAUUGAAACACAACAAGAAAUUGAUAAACAAUUGAAAGCUGCGAAGAAGUGUGGUGGAGCAGAGUUUCAAAACUGCAAAAAUAAGAUUUUCAAAGAAGCUCUUGACUACAUUCCAUUAUCAAUACCUAUCACCAAUUCUUUUGCGAAAGUAGUGGCGGAGGAAUAUGGAAAGAUAAAAAUAGGUUUGAUAAUUGGAAAGAACUUCGAUAAGUGCUAUGAAGAUAACACAGACAGCCAGAAGUUCUUAGAAUGUUUGGAAGGAAGUCAAGGAAGUUCUCCUCUCAAAACUGCUAAAGAGAAAAUUAUGAAACAACUAGAAGAUCAUUGCGCACAAGAUGUCGCCGAAGAAAAGAAAUGUAGAAGAAACGUUGUGGGUUAUGCGAAAAUCAAGCUGGAAGGUGCUAUUAAAGCUGUUCUGAACAUAUUCUGCCAUGAAAAAGUUCAAAACGAACAAGAAUGCAAAAAAAUGAUAUCGAAAAAACCGAAAGAAUACGUUAAAGAUUUCGUUCUUCCUUUCAAACCUGCUCCUCAAAUAAAACUAGCAGAUCUAAAAAUUACGAAUGAACGCGGCUCCAUUGAAAUCGGCGCGGAACUGGAAAAAGAAGCCAAUUCGUGUAAGGACAAGAAAAGUAUACAAGAGUUUGUCGGUUGUUUGGAAGGACUUAUGAAAUCUGAAAAAUCGAAAUCUAAAGUGAAUAUUGCCAACCAACUGGCUGAGAAUUGCGGAAGAAUAAUACCUGAUGAGGAUUCCUGUAGAGACAAAUUGGAAAAAGAUGCUAAAGUUAUUAUGAAAAAGUCCAUUGGAGCUCUUCUUAGUAACCAUUGCGGUGAGAAGUCUCAUAAAGAAACUGACUAUCAAUCUUGCUUAGCGGAGAAAGGAAACAAAAUUACGAUAAACCUUAUUCUUCCCGCACCCAUCAUCAAAUUUGAUAAACGAGAGGCUCCUACUGGAUUGGUUUCGGGUCCCGAAUAUGGUGGAAUUUCAGUUGGAAAACAGGUUGAACAGAAACUCAAAAGUUGUGAGGGAAAGUAUACGAACAUCGACGAAUUUUCGUCCUGCUUGACCACUUCUAAAACUUCUCCAUUGAAAACGGCUACAGAUGAGAUUUGGAAGCAAUUGACAACUCAUUGUGGAAAAGUAUCUAGUAGUGAGAGAAUAUGCAGGAAGAAGGGAGAAUCGAUCGUCAGUGGUUUGCUUGAAAGAGCUGUAGACUCACUCAUUUUAAAGUUUUGUGAAGACAGUAAACCAGGAUACCAAAAAGUAUACAACAAGUGUAAAAAAAGAGAUGCAGGCACUAUUCUCGCAGGUUUUCCGUUCCCUUUCAAAAUUCUUGAUAAGAUUUCUCUUUCGACUUUUAGUAGAACCGAUGGAUAUGGGAGUUUCAAGAUUGGUGAGAUUCUGGAACAGGAAGCUGAUUCAUGUAAAGAUCAACAAACAUUGGCUGAUUAUUUGACAUGUUUGGAAGGAAAUCCAUUGACGGAAGCUAAAGAUAAAAUUGGAAAGCUAUUAGCAGAACAUUGUGGAAAAGCUGAUAAAACUAAGGUGACAGAGUGCCGAACAAAUGGGCAAACUGAUACGGAAAGCAAACUGGAGGGGGCGAUUGAUGCCAUACUAACCAACUUUUGUCGUAAAAAGUUCGAAAAAUCAAAUACAGAGUACAUUGAUUGUUUGGAUCUCGAAGGAGCUAAUUUGGAUACUCUUUCGAGCAUUCCCAACAUUCCCGCAACCGUACUAGCAGUGAUCGAUAUUACAAAGUUUGAGACUGUAGAAGAGUAUGGUCGGAUCAGAAUUGGAGAGACUCUUCAAAAAAAUAUGGAUUCGUGUAAGGGAAAGAAAACGAUUGAUGAUUUGUUGGAUUGCUUGCAAGGAGUCGAUGAUACAUCACCAUUGGCAAAGACUAAAGAAAGCAUUACGAAGGAAGUGGCUGACGCGUGUGGGCAGAAACAAAACAUACGAGAUUGCCGCGAUUCUGGAAAGUUUGAAGUGAUAAACAAACUCACAAAAACAAUUGAGUCUCUCAUUCUCAAUCACUGUGGUGCUAAUGAGCAUUCGAAUCAAGAUGCCUAUGAGAGUUGCGUAUCACAAGGAGAUAGUCAGGCUGGGACGCUUUCUCAAGUGGACACUCUUCCUAUUAGUCUUCACAAUGAAAUUCCACUCUCCACCUUGUCGAUUAGUAAAUACGGAGAUAUAAAAAUUGGCGAAACUAUCAAAAAUCAAGCAGAGUCGUGCAAAGGCACGAAGUCCCUUGACGAUAUUAUAAAUUGUCUGAAAACAUCGAAAAGCGGUGAUCCGUCUCCUUCAAAAACUGCCAAAGAUGCCAUUUCGGACAAGUUCGCGGACUACGCUCUGGGUCGGAAGUUCAAUGAUGAUGCUUGGAAACGAGGAGUGGAAGAAAUUGAAUUAGAGUUCAAAAAAACAAUGGAUUCUCUCCUUGCCAAUUUUUGUCGAGACAAUGCUAAUAAGAAUCAAGAAGAUUAUUUACAAUGCAUGGAAGACAGGUUGAAAAGGUCGACAGUUCUGUCGGAAGGAUACACUCCAAUCGAUCUCUUCUUUCAAUGUGGUUCAAAGACGAAUGAAAGUGAUUUCAACCAAUGUAUUGACAUUGUAAACGGUCAACGACUCAGCUUGUGGAUAAACGGUUGUGCUAUUGCAAAGAAGCAAGAAUGCACAGAUGUUGCCACAAAAACUUCAGCAGAAAUAGGAAAAGUCGCUAAAGUCGCAUCAAAACUCGUUAGUUGUGAAGACACAUCCUGUGUUGCUACUGAGAAACAAAAAGUGAUCAAUGAAUUUGCUAAAGAAAUGGAAAAGUAUUGUAAAACUCCAUGCAAAUAUUCGAAAGCGAAGGUGGAAGUUGCAGUGAAAAAAUGGUUACCGAACUGCUCAACUGAUUCGAAAAAUUCAAAGUGUAAAGUUGGUUCCUCUCUUGCACUCAAAGAUUCUUCUUGUCAGAGUCUUCCCGAUGAUUACAAGUCUUGUGAAACACUGUGUGAAGCUUUGGCAAAAACAACAACUCAAGACACAUGGCUCAUAAUUACAAUAGCAUUUGCAGUUCUAGACAUAAUAAUGGCAUUGGGCCUCAUCGCCUUCUACAAAUGGCUACAAAAAAGAAAGAGACGGAAACUAGGUAAAGUAGUUAUAGAACUCAAUAAAUGCAACAAAGAAAUCAGAGAGUACAGGGAAACGAAAAUAGUCCUCAGCAAGAGUAUACGUGAAGAAUUGGAAAAGCUGGAUAAUAUAAGCGUUGAAGAGCGCUCACCUGAAGUCAAGGAACUCAUUAAGAGUUAUAAGACAGUAAGUCAAAAGAAUGAAAUGAAGAAAAAACACGCCAGAAAGAUGUACAAGCAACAUAAAGAGGAUUUGGAAUACGCAAAAUUUAAGAAGAUGGGACAUAUCUACAUCCCUAAAGAACCAGAGGUACCGCCCCCAGCCGAUAUUACAUAUAAAAAUGUCGAGUUAAAAGAUGUUAAAUGGAGUGACGAAUUGAACGAACUAUGGAGUGUCGGCUCGGAUAAGGAUGACAUUGAACUGGACGAUGAUUAUGUUAUGAAUCCAGAUUCAGUCACUGAGGAAGAAGAAGAAGAUAAAGAAGAUAAAGAAGAUAACAAGCAAACAGGAAGUUUGUGGUGCUGUGCAAAAGGACGUGAUCCUAGAGUUCGAACUGGGGAUUCCCCUUUAGUUCGACCUCCAAUUAACCAGCAACCAGGAUCUGCAACUACAACAACCGUCUCAAAAGAGACUACAACAACAGCUACAACUCCAUCUUCAACUCCAUCUCCAGUUUUAUCACCUCAUAUUGUUCCACCACCAUCUACAUCAUCUAUUCCGACUGCAUCUUCCACUCCUUCAACUCCAGCCUCGACAUCUGCGCCAACUUCAGCUGAAAAUCAACAAUAA